GUCCAAGCCAGCCGCGCCUCCUCCUCCUCCUCCUCUUCCUCCUCCGCAACUGGGUGGCGCUCUCGCUCCGGCUCGCAGACCUCCUCGCCUCUAGCCUCUCGCCUCUCUCCCCGGGGCUCCGGAGCCUCCCCGGGCGGCGCAAAGCAGGCGGUCCCGGGACAGCAGCAGCGGCAAGACCAGCAGCAGCGGCAUUCACCACCACGGCAACGGCGGCUGCUCCUGCUGCUGCAGCGGGAGGAGCCGGAGCGGCUGGCUCUGCUGCAGCGGGAGCCGCCGCCCCGGCUCGGGAGCUCCUUUCCCUUUUGCCUUCUCUGCCCGGCACCUAACGGCAGUCCAGUUGAGGAGGAAGGAAAGAAGGAGGAGGAGGAGGAGGAGGAGGAGGAGGAGAAGGCGCUCGGGCUGCCGCCUCCGCUGCUGCUGCCGCCCGCGCCCGGCAUGACUGGCAAGGGCGCCUCGAGCUGGGGGCUUUGGGUGGCCCCUCUGGCGGCGCUGCUCUCUCUCCGAGGUCUAGUGAGUCCCCUGGAGGUUUUCAUGAAUGCAAGAAGUGUUGAAGUUGCUCGGGGCCAGACAGCAAUCCUGCCCUGUACCUUCACCACCAGUGCUGCUCUUACAAACCUUAAUGUCAUCUGGAUGGUCACCCCACUCUCCAAUGCCAACCAACCUGAACAGGUUAUUAUUUACCAAGGGGGUCAAAUUUUUGAUGGUGCACCCCAGUUUUCUGGACGAGUGGGGUUUGCAAUGACAAUGCCAACCACCAGUGCCUCCAUCUUCAUCAACAACACCCAGCUCUCAGACACUGGGACAUACCAAUGUUUGGUCAACAACCUACCUGACAGAGGGGGCCGGAAUAUUGGAGUCAUUGGGCUCAACGUCUUGGUACCUCCCUCUGCUCCAGUCUGCAGAAUUCAGGGCUCUUUAAGUAUUGGCAAUGAUAUCACACUAACAUGCAAUUCAGAAGAAGGCAUUCCUCGGCCAACCUACUAUUGGGAAAAAUUGGACAGUGCUCCUAAGCUGCCUCCAACAGCCACACAAGACCAAGUUCAGGGUACAGUUGUUCUGCGUAAUAUUAGCACUGUAUCUUCCGGACGUUACCAGUGUGUGGCUUCUAAUGUCAUUGGAAGCAGCACCUGCUCCCUUGAAGUUCAAGUGAUUGCACCUCACCCCCGGAGCAUUGGCCUGAUUGCUGGAGCUGCUGCUGCUGGGGCAGUUGUGCUCAUUAUCUGUAUUGUCUUGGUGGCUGUGACACUCUUUUACUGGAAGAACAAACACAAGGAAGAAGAGGAGGAGGAGAUUCCCAACGAGAUAAGGGAGGACGAUCUUCCACCGAAAUGCUCUUCUACAAAAGCAUUCCAUGGUGAUGCUUCCUCAUCAGAGAAUGACACUCUCACUUCAUCCAACACCUACAACAGUCGGUACUGGAAUGAUCCCAAGGCAAACCAUGCAACAGACUCCUUUACUCGCCUCAACAAUGAUGCACGCCAAUCCUUUUCCCGCUCUGGAAGCACCAACACCCGUCCCAUCUAUGCCAAUGGAGGCCACCCAGCUCCCCCUCCACCCAAGACAUUGGUGGUAACAACCAAUACAGCCCCCUCUCCUCAGGAGAUGGCUAGGAGCAAUGGCUCAGUGAGCCGGAAACCAAGACCCCAGCACACACGCUCCUAUGCAGUAAGCCAGGCAACGCUAGAGAGGAUAGGAGCUGUGCCUGUCAUGGUGCCAGCACAAAGUCGAGCCGGCUCUUUGGUGUAGGGAGCAGCCAUGGUUCUAAGGCAAAUGAGAACCUGUUGCACUGAGUGGGUGUGAAGACAUGGACAAAACAAGAGACCCUGCUCUUCCUCCCUGCAGUGUUGAGUUGAAGGAGAAGAACAAGUUUCUCCUCUGUGCUCUCCCCCACCCCAUCAACUAAAUCUCAAUGGUGUGACAGUCCCUCCCUUGCUUUCCUACCCUCAUGAUCUCAGGGGGCUCCUCAGCUGCGGCUGAAUGUGCCAAGGCCAACAGAGGGCCACACAAGGUGUCAUGGGAGAUGAUGCCAUACUUGGUUUCUAAGCUCUACCUACCAUGGAAUUGGUGGUGGUGUCACCACAAGGACAACCAUUGCAGUGGAAGUUUGAAAAGCCCAGCAGUUGAUGGAUAGGCUGUGAAAAGGGAGAGCUCAGCAGCCUAUAGUUGACAACAAAAAAAAGCUUGGCUGAGAAGAAAUGAUGAAAUCAGGCAAGAUGUUGGCUCAAAGAAGUCAGAGAGAAAAUCAUGAGCCAGGCUCAGGGCAGGUGGGCGGGAUUGGGUUCGGAAUUGGUUUGAGGGUUAUGUUUUCUUCUGUAAUUCUUUUUUUCCAUCCCUCUCUCCUGUUCUCCUGCUUCCCCCAUUCCCAUACUGGAUGUUCUCCCCUUGCACUGGCUUUUUCAGAUGCUUCCAACACCUCUUUGCCACAUCCAUGGAAACUGUUUUCCCCUCCCCUCCAAGCAUUGCUCCCUGACAUGCUGCUUGGUGCCAGAAUGUGCUUCUGCUGUUUGCUGUUAUGGGAAGGAGGAGAAGUUUGGGGAGGGAGAGGUGCUGGGAAUGGGGUGGUGGGGUUGGAAAGCUGAAGCCUCCAUUUGCUUCCAGGAGCUGCUGUGUGUUUUUCUGAAUGUGUGGCUUAACUUUGUCAAAGAGCUUGGCUUCCAAGCUUUGGCAUUUGCAUGACAGAGUCCCCCUAUAAGGCUGUUUGGGGCUGGCCUGCAUGGUCAGGCUGACAGUUGAACAUUCAUGCAUUUGAGGCAUCAAAUUUCACCUUCCCUUCUUUGGGUGUUUUGGAUGAUUGUGACAGUACUGGGGAAGGGAACGAGAGAGAGCAAGUAAGCAAGGAGAAGCAAAGGAUGGCUCAGGGCUAUGGUGGCAAUUUGCCCCCCCCCCAACCAUGUGGCCAUUGCUGAGAGGCACCCAAUGGGGACAGGCUAGCAAGAGGUCCUGUUGCCAUCUUCUUUGUCUCACUUGCCUACAUGGCUUCACAGGUUUUACUCUUGCAAUUUCAACAGCCUUAACUCAAAUCUGAGGAUUUAGAAAAAACAGAAUUAAAAAAACACCACCACCAAGGGUCUUUUUGCCCAAGAUGGAACUUGGAGCAACAGGGGGUCAUUUCCUAAUACCUCGAGGAGGCAGAGCCAAGGGGCACCUCUCUGAGUCCCACUCUCUAUACUUGCCUCAUUUGUAAUGCUGACACACUGAACUCCUUAAAGGGAAACACUCCCUUGGAAGCUCCUAACAGGAUUUCCUUCUCUGCACUGACAAAUCCCAUCCUUGCAAUCUAACCCCAGCACUAUGAAAGGGGGUGACUUGUUUCACAGCCAUGCCCUCUACCUUCUGACAUGCACUGGAAAUGGGGUUCCUUGAAAUCGACUUGUACUGCUCUUCCGCUUCCACUCUGCCUUGCCCUGACUUAUUUCUUCACUUACACACAAAUACAUACAUGGCCACAGAGAGGCUAUUAAAAAGAGUUCUCUGCCCAAGCUGUGCACUUUCUGUGCCCUCCUUUGCUACUGCUGCAGAGAGAGACAUUCAGGUUGCACUGGGGUUGAGGUUUAGCUGAAAUUCUGUGCCUUCUUUGCUUUAAAACAAACAAACAACGCUCUCUUUCCCACCCACCCCCUCCCUGCUGAUCCACUCCCUCCACAGACACACACCACAAACACAACUUGUUUAAUCGACUUUUGAGCACACCAGGCAGACAGAUGGCUGCCAUAUUUAUACACCUUUCCCAGGGAGCAGUCUCUCUCUCUCUCCUCAUGUGCUCACGGCCGUUUGGUUUUUGUUUGUUUGUUUGUUUUUUUCCCUUUAUUUACUUGGAGGUUGGGGGUAGGUAAGAGUGGCUUUUAAGAAACAUCAUGCAAAAAUAGAGGAAAAAACACACCCUCUCUGUCUCUCUCUCUCUGCUUUUAUAACAAAGAGAAAUGUAAGAGACAUUUCCAACAAAUGCUGCUCACAGCAGCUUGCACUCCAGUGCUCAGAAAGCUCUUUCUGGUUCUACUGUUCAUGAGACUGUUCGCUCUCCUCUUUGUUCUUUCUAAUUGUCUAAAAAAAACAUUCAAUAAAACUUUUAUUCAUAUAAAAUGGGAAA